AUGUAUGCGCGCAUCAAGACCAUUAUUGCCGAGGCCCGGUUGGAGUCCGGCGGCGGAUGCGACAACAGCAGCGGCGGCGGUAGCAGCCCGGCUUCGCUAGGCACCUCGGAGAGCGAUGGUUCAAGCAGCGCCGACGAGCUCUGGCACCACGACCUGGGUGAGUUCCGGCGGCACGCCUCCACUCUCUCCUCCGUCCGCGGCGACGAUGUCGACUGUGACAGCAUCCGCAUCCGCCAAGUCCUCGUGUCGUCAGCACACGACCUCGAUGACAUCCACAAGCACCAGCAGCGCAUGCACCUCCUCCUCCCAUCCUUCGCCUCACCCGCCGUCGACGCGGCGCGCGCCGAAGCGUUGUCUUGCUGGCUCACCGGGUUCGACGUCGGUUGGGUGCUAGACAUGGAGGCGCCUGGCUUCGGCAGAGGCGAGAGCCUCCCGCGCCGGGAACUUGAGAGAAGGGUCAGCGCGUGGGCGCAAGCGCUGAGCACCAUGGAGCGGGUCUUCCGGUUCCAGCACCGUGAGCUCACGCCCGCGCAGGUGGCCGCUCUGGAGGAGCUUGCAGUCGCGAGCACUGGAGCGAUGCUGAAACUAGUCGGUGCCGUGGCGGCGCUCGGGAGCUCCCCGUCGAAGCUGCUCACGGCGCUCGACCUGUACGCCCCGGUCUCCGAGACGUUCCCCGUCCUCGCGAGGCUCUUCUCCUGGGGCCCCUCCCACCCCGUGUCGGCUGCUGCGGAGGCCACGCUCGCCGCCCUGGUGGACGCGGCCCUGCGCUGCAGGGGCGAUCUCACGGCGUUCAUACGAUCCCACUACCCGUGGCGGAUGCCGCAGGGUGGCGAGGUGCACCCUUGCGUCCCCUUCUGGAUGGGCUACUUCCUCUGUAUGGUGCGCAACCCCGUCUCUCUCCACUUCAUCCUCGGCAACGAAGACGGCGACGCCGAAGCGCCAGGCGCUGAAGAUGGCCUCAGCCUUGUUGCAGAGCUGAUCUUGUGCCUGGAAGCCGUGCUUGAGGAGAAGUCCGCGGCGCUCGCGGUCCCGGGGCUGCGUCAGGUGUUCAUGCUCAACAACACGCACGCUAUCAUGUGCCGCGCAGCAGUGGGCUCGGACCUUGAGGUCUUCCUGGAUCCAGAGUGGAUCCGUGUCCGCCUCGACCGCAUAGAAGGUUACAUCAGAGAUUACAUGGACGCGUCCUGGACGCCUGUCGUGUGGCACCUGGACGGCGGCGGCCGCAACCGCAAGCAAUCCGCGGUCUCCCGGCGCCGGAACCGGAACCCGUUGAGCGCUUUCUACUCGGCGUUUGAGAACGCCUGCAGCACACAGCGAUGCUGGAAAGUGCCCAACCCGGAGCUCCGGGGCGUUCUCCGGAGAACCGUGGCAGAGAGCGUCAUUCCUCACUAUCGUCGGUAUUUGGAGGACCACCCAGAGGUUGAAGUGGCAUGCGGACGCACCACGGAGGAGCUGGAGCAACAGUUGAGGGACUUGUUUGAAGGAUAG